UAUCUAGUCCAACCCCCUGCAAUGCAGGAAUCUUUUGCCCAACGUGGGACUUGAACCCACAGCCCUGAGAUUAAGAAUCUCAUGCUCAACUGACUGUGCUGUUUCACUGGGCAGAAGAAUGGUUUCACAACCACAUAGCACAUGCAGUCACUGACAUUCUCUGUGGGUUUCCUCUUCUUGUUUUGAAGGGUCAAGCAACGAUGCCAAGCUUUAUUGGCAGUGCUCUUCGCGGGAACUUCUUCCUGAUGCUCGGCCUGUGGUGGUCCAUCAAAUACCCCAUAAAGUACAUUCUUCUAAAGCUGGAUUCAGGCAACCCGCACAGCCAUUGGAUCCAAUCUAUGGAUAUUAUCGAAGGAACAGUGAAAGCUUUCUUUGCUCUAGGAGGAAUACUGGCUGAGCAGCUGGUCCCGGGUGGACCUCACCUUUCUCUCUAUGACAGCGAGACCCAAGACUGGGUCCAGCUGAUGAGCUGGCAGCACAUGACCAUGUACCUCUUCUAUGGCUUUUCUGGAGUGGCGGAUGUCCUCGUCCAUACGUCGCUCAAGUUGCCAGUGGGGCUGGAUCGCCUCCUGCUGGCUCUGGCUUUGUUUGCAGAAGGCUUCCUGUUCCAUUUCCAUGACUACAAGGACGCCACGUUGACGGAACAUCUCUAUCAUCUCAUGAGCAUCGCUGUGUUUGGAGCUGCCCUCUGUGCCUCGCUGGAGGUCUUCCAGCGAGAUCACACUCUCCUGGAGCUCUCCAGGGCCAGCCUCUUCAUCCUCCAAGGAUCCUGGUUCUGGCAGAUUGGCUUUGUUCUGUAUCCACCAUGGGGAGGUCCAGGCUGGAAACAAGAGGAGCAUGGAAACAAGAACUUCCUGACCAUGUGCUUCUUUUGGCACUAUGCUGUUAGCCUUCUUGUGAUGGCAGCCAAUGGUUUCAUCAGUCAGCGCUGCAGUAAUGGAUGUGGAGUAAACUAUGGAAACGUCGAAGUGGAACUGGAUGUGGAGCUGGACUUGGCAUGUUGUCUAUGGAGGAAAAACAGAACCCCGGAUCCUGUCCUCCUACCAGAGAACAUCUCAGAUGAAAAAUGAAGGGUCGCAUUUUCCCCUAUUCUUCAAGAUUUUUUAAAAAACUGUGAAGUUUCUAGUUCCCAUCUGACAUAAAGGGUCUCUUUAUAUUAAAAACAAGCAUAGUAGUCAACAGCAAAAGGGGAGAAGCUGUACCCUCUUAUAUAAGUGUUCAAAGCCUUCAGCUGCAAGCACACUCACCUCAGCAACUUCCCAAAAAAUUAUAUCCGAGGGCCAAAGUGUGCACUGGAAAAUGUCCUGCUAAUGAACUUUGUGGCUUUUUAAAAAAAAAUACAUCAAAUCUGAUGACCUUUUGAGGACUUUGUGUUUACACUGCAUGGGACAUGCAAUUUGUAAUUAGAUUUAGUUGUAAGCAAUGGGUUGGAUGUCAAGCUGCCCAGUUAAAUGAGUGGCAAAACCCUUUAGGCAUGAUCAUUAUAAAAACCACUCUGGAGUCCAUUAGAGCUACAGCCACAUCUGUAAUGCGAGUUGGCCAGAUUGUGGUUCUGACUGGUACAUUUGGCACCGUAUUGAAAUUUCUGCAUGCAGUUUAAUUCAUCUAUAUGCAUAUGUGUACAUAUGUGUAUUGCCAAUAAAGGGUGGUUUUCUGCAGAGACUUUUCAAGGGAGCAAUCUAUAUGAUGUCUAUUGAACAUUGAUACCUCACUCACCUUCCACACAUGUAUUGGAAACAUAACAACAGUGUGAUAUAUACAGCUCCCUAGAACAUCAACAUAACCAAGUAUAUUCUAGGCCACAUCGGCACUAUCCAUUUAAAGCAGUAUCAUGACAUUUUAAACUGUUGUGGCUUCCCCCAAAGGAUACUGGAAGUUUAAGGAUGUGGAGCUAUAAUUUUCAGAGUGGUUUCGUUGCAGGAAUUUAUGUAUUGGGGGUGGGGUUGCCCCUCCAGCAGAUAUCAUGCACAUGCAGCCCACUACCAAAAUCAGCACAAUCACUUUUGUGACUUUUGUGAUUUGUCCCCAUAAAACACUUCAUCAGUUUCUUCCUAUCUAUUCAAAGGGUCUUUGCUGCACAAUACCAAAUGCAACAAUUCGCUGACAAAUUUAUCUAUGUACUGGCUCACUGGGGAAACUUCAGAAAUUCAGAGACAUGUGAGCUCAGCUACUCAGCAGCCCCUCUGCCUGAGUGAUAAUCCCUGGCAUCCUGAUACCUGAGUGCCAGACAGGUAGCCAUUCCAGAAAUAAACGCGGAUAAAGACAAAAGGGUGUGAUUAACUUGGCUGGGAAACGGAAAUGUAAAUGCCUCUUUUGUUUCACUUGAUAGAUGUUUGGUGGAGGGCAAGGGGAGCAUUGGGGCAGGGUCCAGGAUGCUCAGCACCAGACCUCCCCUCUCAUGAUGUAAUGAUGAUGUAUUAGUGAUGUAGUUUAGGGGGGGUGUAACAUGGGGAUUAGCAGCUAAUAAAAGUUUGGGUUCUCUUUUG